GUAUUUGUUAUUGUCAAUAUACACACGUGAGUGCUUGAAGGUGUGAAUGAAUUAACAAAACAUUGUUAUCUAUACGUAGAUUAUGUAUUGAUGAAUAUAAGUAAUCAUUUGAUCUUGAAUUUUCUACAAAAAAAAAAAAAAAAAAAAAAAAAAAAAAAACAAAUAAUAUCUGUUGAUUCUCGAAGUUUAUAGAUAUGUUUGUAUUUUUAAUACUCCUACACGAUUAGUAAUUCUCUUACAUAAAUAGUUCGAUUUUAUUGUCAGUUAUCAUUGGAAUUAAUUAGAUAAUUCAGUAAAAAAGGAAGUAUAGUUAAUUGACUUAUAUAAACUAACAAUUUUCUAAUACUGCGUAGUAAACGCAAGCAAAUAAUUUUAAUAAACAUUUGUGGUCUUGUAAAACCGAAAUUAUGGCGGGUUUUUUUGGCUCACAUCAAAAAGAUUUUUUGCAAACGUUGGAAGGUGGCGAGACGACAUUUGCUUCAUUAUCACAUGCAUUAAGAGAGAACAAAGCUGAUUUUUUCAAAGCAAUACCGGGUUUCGAACAUGAAGUUAAUAACUACUCACAGGAUAUUGAUUGUGAUGAAGUUUAUCCGAAUAUUUAUAUUGGAGAUGCAGCAACCGCAAAAAAUAAACAAUACCUACAAAAAAUUGGUAUAACACAUGUUUUAAAUGCUGCAGAAGGCAAUCGCUUUGGACAUGUCAACACAAAUCAAUAUUAUUAUCGUGAUACGGCGAUUGAAUAUCUUGGAAUACCAGUAACUGAUUUACCAACGGUCGAUAUCAGUAAAUACUUCAACGAUGCCGCUAAUUUUAUUGAUAAUGCUUUGAAACGUAACGGUAAAGUAUUUGUUCACUGCGUGAUGGGUGUAUCAAGAAGUGCAACAUGCGUUAUCGCAUUUUUGAUGAUUAAACGUAAUAUGUUAUGUGAAGAUGCAAUACGUUUGAUUCGUAAAAGCCGUAGCAUUCAUCCUAAUGACGGUUUUUUGCGUCAAUUAGCGGCACUUGACAAUCAAUUACGCCGUCAUCGCCUUUAAUUUAUUUCUAAUAAAAUAUCCAUUGUUGUUAGUCAAUUAAAAAAACUAACAAAAAAAAAAAUUAAAUUGAAAUAUUAGUAAAGAUAACAGAAAAAAUUGAAAAACAUUGAUGGAAAUUCCGUUUAGAUAUUAAUCAACUUGUCCUAUGAAUUUUUACUAUUAAAAAUAGUAAAAUAAAUGUAUUAUUGAUGAUUUCAAAGCUUUUUAAUUUUGAAGUUAUGAAACAUUUAAAUUCAAAUCAUUUACUGUUAUAACAAAUCUUAUAUUUUCAUAAAUUUACAAUCAUUUGUUCGCGUAGUUAAUUAAUCGAAUACAGUAUUUUAACCAUUUUUUUGUUUUUUGCUUUACAAAUGUAUUAAUAUACUUAUUAAAUCUAUUAGUUAAACUAUUUUUUUCAAAUUAUAAAUUUUAUAUAAAUUAAUUAAACAUAAGGAAAUAAAUAAUU